UUCUCGGUUUUGCCUGUCUUCAACGCCUGACAGAUCGUCAGAGGUACACCACCUUGAUUAAGAACAAAAUUUCAAAGUUUUCAAUUUAAUACUUUUAGGGAAAUUACUGGUUGCAUUUGGAGAGAGAAAAGUGGGAUGAUUUUUUGGGUGUUUCUGUUUCUUACUUUUGAAUUUUUGGUCUGUUUGGUUGCCGAGAAAAUGUGGGUGAAGGCUAAAAAUUUUUAAAGUUUUGAUCUUGAUGGGUUUUUGUGUAGUCUUUUGGGGUUUUAAAAGAUUGGGGGGGUGGGGAGUUCUUGGUUCUUAUGUUGCAAACCAUUCACAAUUGUAGCAUUAGGGUUUGGUUCAGCUUUUGCAUUUUGGAUGGUAGAAUCAACGGGUUUCUGGGAAAUUGUGAUUAGGGUCUGUUUGGCAGCUGAGUAAUGUGGGAAAGCUGAGGAGGAAAGAAGCAUAUUUCAUAUUGAGUGGAUUUUGGGGUUCAUGGCGAUGUUAAUGGUGGAUCAGUGGAUUCUGUUCGAGGAGUAGAGGCUGAAAACAUGAGUCAUGAAAAUGAGAUGGGAGGAAAUUCUGUCGAAGGGGAUUUCCAACUGGCCCAUGAUAAAAUUGAUCAAGAUUCUUCAGAAGAAGAAGGAAUCCCACAGGGUGUUCCAGCACAUUCGAUGGUCAAUGAAGAUGAGCCUUAUGUGGGAAUGGAGUUUGAAUCCGAGGCAGCAGCUCAUGCAUUUUACAAUGCUUAUGCCACAAGGGUGGGAUUCGUCAUUCGUGUAAGCAAACUUUCACGGUCAAGACGUGAUGGUUCUGCCAUUGGAAGGGCACUUGUCUGUAACAAAGAGGGUUUCAGAUUGCCUGACAAGCGUGAGAAAAUUGUGAGACAAAGGGCAGAGACCAGGGUUGGUUGUAGGGCAAUGAUAUUGGUGAGGAAAGUAAGCACUGGUAAAUGGGUUGUUACAAAGCUCGUCAAGGAGCACACUCAUCCUUUGACACCUGGAAAAGGUCGAAGGGAUUGCAUUUAUGAGCAAUAUCCGAAUGAACACGACAAGAUUCGUGAACUGACUCAACAGCUGGCUGUUGAGAAGAAGAAGGCUGCCACUUACAAAAGACAUCUGGAGUUGCUCUUUGAGCAAAUUGAUGAGCACAAUGAAAGCUUGUCAAAAAAGGUACAGCACAUUGUAGAUAGUGUGCGGCAGAUGGAGAACAACGAUCAGCAGAGCCAUAUAUAGUUUUUUUCCCAUUUUUUUCUUAUUGAAAUACAGGGUCUGGAACUGGUAUAGUAAGAUGAAGAGCGCAAUUUUAUGCAUUUGAUUUGUUUCCUUUUAGUCUAUAGAUAUGACAUGUUGAUUUUCCUUUAGCUUUUUCAACAUAAACUAGUUAGCUCCAUGGGGUGGAAACUUGUGUAUGCCAUUCACUGGAAAUUUAGGGUUCAUGGUUGGUAGGAUAAACCAGACGAGUUGAUGUACAGUAUUUCAAGCCCAUCCGAUGCAGUUGCACCCUUAAUGCUGGCGUCUGGGAUGUUUACUGGGCUGGAAGAUUUAUGUAUAACACUUUUUAGUUUAAAGAAUUUUUUUGGAAAGGUUUUGUUUAUGUUCUGCUUGUUUGAACUUUAUUACCAUUUCAGUACUAAAGUCUAUUUAACUAU